AUUCCUCUGACUUCCGGUUUGAAAAUGGCGUCGGAACUUGAAUGGAGACGUAGGUGGAAGCCAGACUUAAAAGCAUGCCCAUGGCAGCCACUGGAAAUAGACGGAGAAAAAUAUCUGAUGAAGACAAAGUUUUCAGUAAACAACUACGAAGUACUUUUGACAGAUUUAACUUCUUACUGGCAUGAAAUUAUGGAAGAAAAUGCUUUGAAGAAGAGAAUACAGAAACUGAAUCCCAGUAUUGAAGCACCAGUGGUUAGGAUUUUGGAUCAUAUAAAAGGCAGUCUCGAAAAACCAACAAAGGGUACAUCCCUGACAGUUGCAUUCAAAUCUGAAGGUGGUGAUGAGAAGGCAAAGUUGUAUAUCAAGUCAGAGCUUGCUGGUAUGCCAUUUUUGUGGCAUUUCUCCUGUAGCAGUGCGGACAAGUCUAUGGCCUGUGAUCAUGUGACAGUUCCUCUCAUGGCGAUGGUUGCAGAGCUGACACGACGCCAACAAGAACUCAUCAACAUCAUUGUUGGCAAAGACAAGGAAAUUGACGACUACAAAUCUCAGGGUGCCCGAACAUCCCGAAAACACAUCGAGACAACAGUUUUUGAUGAAACUACUUUCAGGAACAACAUGGUGACAUCAAAGGGAUUUGACAGUGCAGUCAGGAAGUUGGGUUCUGCUGCUUUCAAUGCUGAUGGUCAGGAUCUUUAUCGACAGAUAAUGACGAAGCAUGCAUGGGUCACCAGAUCACCAACUAAGGAUGAUGUCUCCGACAGCCUGGAUGAUGAUGAGAGUUUGAAUGCUGGGGUGGGGCCUAGCCUGCCAUCCUGGGCCAACAGGGUGCCUACAUCUAUAGGAAGGGGGAACUCGCCCAUCAAGUCAAGCCCUGAAAAAAGUCCUGUUAAAAGUCCCAAAAGUCCAACCAAGAGUCCAGGCUCUGUUGGAUCACGCAGUGCCGACUCUACACCAUCAAAGGACACAGAGCUGAUGAGAAGACAGGCUCUUGAGAGGAAGUUAGAAGAAGAAGAUGCAAAGAAACAAGAAAAACCCAAGAAGAAGAAAAAGAAAUUGGCUUUUUGAUUUUACCAGUCAACAUUCAUUAUCAUCAUUUUGCAUCCAUUACACUUCCCUAUGAUAACCUCAAUUAAAGGGAUGCUGCAUUUCAUUAUAUUUGUAUUCUAGUUCAGUGACUGAGGGGUGGUAUAGUUUCAAAUCGAAGUAUUUGUUCUUACCCCAUUGAGAUGAACUGCUGAUUUGACAAGAAGCCCCUACUUUUUAUUAUGAAAUUCAAAAUGGUUUGCAACAGGAACAUACUGAACCCAUCAGUUCUGUAACUGAUGAUAGCUAUUUAUUAUUAUUUAUAGACAAGGGAUUUAUUCCACUGAUAGAUUAGAAAAUCUCACUGUUGUGUGAUGCCAUAGUGUAUAGUGCUCAGACAACCAUGUUGAACGUUAUCUCUUCUUGUGGUUGGUUUAUGGUGCAAAGUGAUUAUCAACUUGAAAUGUGAAGGUUAGUACAUCAUGUACAGAACCAAAUUAUGAAAUUGAUAAAAUUAAGAUAAAUAAUAAUAUUGAAACACAGUUUUAGGUUUACACUCAAGAAGGAAAUAUAAUGGGUUAAACAAGUGGCAGCAGCAGGUAGUAACAGGCUCAAGAAUUAGAGACUGUUCAUAAUCUAUGGCUAGGGGUGAUGAUGAUUUUUUUAAGAAGGGGGCCACCCAUUUUGUUCGGGGUUAGGUUGGGGGUCCCAUCAUAUUCAUACACAUGAAAUAGGGGGUGGGUCAGCACUUUUGUACAUGACAUGGGAGGGUGUGUGUGUGGGGGGGUGUCAUUCACAUUGUACUUGCUUCUCCAUAAACAUCAUCAUCGCCCCCACUAGCCAUGGAUUAUGAACAGUCCCUUAGUGGUUCUGCACUCAUGAAUGUACAGAAUUCUGUCAACGUUAAAUGUCAACAGGCCCAUCUCUUUUAAAUCCUUAAUAAUGUUGGAAGGUAGCAGUGUUUACAAACAUGUAUUCAGUCUUAAUUUAGCAUGGAAAUGACUCAAAUCAGGUAAAAAAAUUACCUGAGAUGCUUAAUUUUACGUUUCCUCAGGUGGCUAAAAUCUGAUCUACCACGUCAGCCACAUUAAAUCUACCAUUUAUGGUAAUUACCAUGUCAUUUUGGUUCCAAAUGCAAUGAAAUGUGUUUAAUUUGAACACACAUCAGCAUUUUUCAGUGUCUUAAAUUUUGACCAAUGCCUUAAAUUCUCAUAAAUGACAUAUACAGCUCUAAAACAAUUUUCCCCCAUGACAUUGACAUUAGUGUUGCCAACAGCAUCCUUUUGAGUGUCAGGCUUGGGUAACCAUUUACACGGUCAGCAAUCUAUCCAGGUGAGCUAAAGAGCUAUUUUUGAAUUUCUUUUACUAAUCAACAUUUAGAGAGGCUUAUUACACCUCUAUUGUCCAUUUGUUUAUCGUAGUAUUCACAUUCAUAUACAUAUAUAUCAUGCACUGUCCAGAUAAACUGAUUUGUUAUCUGUGAGUUUUCAUUGUGCAUAAUGUCCAUAAACCUUGUUAUACUCACAUGAACUUCCUGUUUAGUCUUGAUCAAUUUUUACAUAAAAAAAUUCAUGUUU